AUGAGUAGUAGUGAAGUAGCGAUAUAACGAAUAGAUAAUUAAACCACAAAUCCUGAUAGAACUUACUUCAAUCAGUCAACGAAUGAUACAACUAAUUAAUCACCUUAAAAUGAGUAAAUAGACACUAAUACAACAGAUAACGCUCAGACAGAUGUGAGCUUCAGUCAUUUAUUCCCAGCACACUUGUAUUUAAAUAGAGGUAGAGAUAAUCAAUCAGGUUCUCAUUUGAACAGUCAUCAAUUUGAACUACCUAAAUAAAAUGCAUAUAUUGGUAAAGAUAUGGAUGAAGAUGCUUAUGAUAGAAUGCCUAUAGAGAACUUUGGAAAAUCAGUUCUAGCGAAACUAGGAUGGUCAGAGGGAAUAAUCUUAGGAAGAACUUCACAAAAUGGCAAAAUAGUUUAGCCAAUUGAUUACAUGCCUCGCUAGCAUCGUCUGGGGUUGGGAGCAAGACCAUUAACUAAGGAAUAAUUGAAGAAAAUGGGAGAUGAUUAUGAUAAGAGAAAACUAGCUGUAACUGAGGAUUACACUUAAUUAGAGGGAGCAGAGGGUAAGAAUUUUAAGAGUAUACAUACCUAACUCAAAUAGAGGGAGAAAAUGCAAAUAGGCAGUAUUGUCUGCAUUACAGGAGGCACCCAUAAGGGUCUAGAAGGAAAAAUAAUAGCCCUUUCUGAUCCUAAAAAGGGCUUAAGAUAGUAGUAGAAAGUCAUGGGUGAGGAAGUUAAUGAUGAGAUAGAUGGAGAUGCAUAUGUCAGCGUAGAACUUGCCCUUAAUUAAACUCUUAUUAAUGUAAAGAGGAAAAGAAUAGUACUGAGAAGUGAAAAUAGAUAACUAGAGUAAUUCUAAAAAGAAAAUGAUAAGGAAGAUUAGGAUAAAAAUAAUAAAAUGAAGAAUAACUAUGAGAAAUUUAGUAAAUCAAAUAAGAGAUCGCGUAGCAGGUCAUAUGAUAAUAGAAGAAAUAGAAAAGAUUAGAACAAGAAUUUCAAAAAGCUUAAGUGGAUAUUGCCAGGAUUAAUAGUAAGAGUGAUAUCGAAAAAAAUUGAGGAAGGAAAACUCUAUAACACUAAACUAAAAGUCACAGAUGUAUUAAAUGAAUCAAGAUUUUUGGCUGUCCCUCUCUAAGCUGAUAGUUCAAGCAAGCGAGUUUAUGAUGAUUUAAGAGAGAAGGAUCUUGAAACUGUUUUACCUAGAGAUUUGAAUGAACCAGUUGCAGUACUCAAGGGUGAAUUCAGAGGAGAGACUGGGAAAAUACUGUCUAAAGAUAAGAAAAAAGAUCAAGUUGUCAUUCAAGUUGGUCUCACAGACAUUGUUACAGUCUCACAGGAUGAUUGCUGCUAAAUAUCUAAUUAAGAUUGA